AGCAACCGUCCGACUUUCAGUCCACGGGUGCCUCAGCCCACGUCCAAAGCUACUUGCGCGCCACAGAUCGUUGGUUUGUGUGUUUGUACUAUGGGGGUACACCGCGAAUUGUGGUCUGAAUAAAAACAGCCCCUUAAUUUGGACGACCUAACUUGAUACAACAAUAUCUCAAACAAGUUCGGGCAUAACGUAUGAUAUCCGGUCCCCGCAAAUGGGUUAAUUGGGGCUAUAAGCGCAGUUAUCACAGCAUCACCAGCACCAACAGCAGUGUCCAGUGCAAGAUCCGGUUAAUUUAUCUUCUAUAUUUUAUUAAUCCAUAAAUAGGGAUUUUGGGUGAGAUGCGAUGCCUGGACUGGCCCGGUGGGCUAUACGGUCCUCGAUCGGACACGAGAAACAGGCCACCGCAAACGCAGUGAAAUAAAGGAAUAUAUAAGUCGACGACCAUAUAUCUUGGUCUCUUUCAAAAAUCGAAUUAUUGUCUUUUUCAUUUUACUCUGGACUGCAAGAAGAUAUCAUCAGAAGACUCUAAAAUACGAAUAUGGGCUUGAUAUCGACCGGCAUUAUAUGGCUUGCCUCGGCAACAGCCGCUAUCGCGCAAACUUGCGAUCUCCCAUCGACGUAUCGCUGGACGUCUACGGAACCGCUAGCAAACCCGAAGUCUGGCUGGGUCGCUCUCAAAGACUUCACAAAUGUCAUUUAUAACGGCCAGCAUCUUGUGUAUGGGUCGACUCACGACAUCGGAUCGGGGUACGGCUCUAUGGCCUUCGGCCUCUUCCAAAAUUGGUCCGAUAUGGCAAGAGCGAGCCAAAAUGCCAUGAGCUCAGGCACAGUUGCGCCGACAUUAUUCUACUUCACGCCCAAGAAUAUCUGGGUACUUGCCUACCAAUGGGGCCCAACUACGUUCUCUUACCGAACGUCAACGGAUCCCACCAACGCGGAUGGGUGGUCAUCUCCGCAACCACUUUUCUCCGGUACCAUCUCCGGCUCUAGCACUGGCCCUAUCGACCAAACAGUCAUCGGCGACGACAAGAAUAUGUACUUGUUCUUCGCAGGAGACAACGGCAAGAUCUAUCGAGCCAGUAUGUCCAUCGACAAGUUUCCCGGCAACUUUGGCACGGCAUCAACGGUCGUGAUGAGCGAUACAACCAACAAUCUCUUUGAAGCUGUUCAGGUCUACACUCUCCAGGGCCAGAAGAAGUACCUUAUGAUCGUCGAAGCGAUGGGAGCAAACGGGCGAUACUUCCGGUCGUUUACGGCUGAUAGUUUGAGCGGAUCCUGGGAGCCACAGGCGGCAACGGAGAGCCAGCCGUUCGCAGGAAAGGCUAACAGCGGCGCUACUUGGACCAACGAUAUAAGUCACGGCGAUCUGGUUCGCAGCAAUCCUGACCAAACCAUGACUGUCGACCCAUGCCACCUUGAGUUACUCUACCAAGGCCGAGAUAAGAACUCUGGUGGUGGCUACGACAAAUUGCCUUAUCGUCCUGGUGUAUUGACACUACUACGUUAGUAUGGAAUAGAAGCUCUGGUAUUCCCUUUCCAUGGUCAAAACUAGAGAUAAUAAAUGUCAAGACCACCUAGCCAUGUACUUCAUUCCCGUGUAUAUAGCUUGAC